CUCUCAUUUCUUCCUACUUCCUCUCUACUCUUCUCCCAUAUUUUUCCCAAACUCCAUAUAAUGAAUCCCUUCCAUCUCACUCACACACAACAACAUUAAAAAAAACACACACAUACAGAAAACAUUCUUGAUCAGAAUCUUAAAAAAAAAAAAAAACAUGUCAGCAACAUCUUUCUCUCCAUACCCAUUCAAACCCAACAUCAUAUCCCAAAAACCCAACUUAAUAAAAACAUCAUUUUACGGCAACCCAUCUUUAAAAACCCACAAACCAUCAAACCCACAAAACCGCCGCCAUGUUGUUCUAAAGGUGGUGAACGAAAAAGUGGUGGGAAUUGACUUAGGUACAACAAAUUCAGCUGUGGCAGCAAUGGAAGGAGGUCAACCAACUAUCAUAACAAACGCUGAAGGUCAACGUACCACGCCGUCUGUGGUGGCGUAUAGUAAAAGUGGUGAUCGGCUAGUUGGACAGAUUGCGAAAAGACAGGCGGUUGUGAAUCCUGAAAAUACGUUUUUUUCGGUGAAGAGGUUUAUAGGGAGGAAAAUGAUGGAAGUGGAUGAAGAGUCAAAGCAGGUGUCGUAUAAAGUGGUGAGGGAUGAGAAUGGAAAUGUGAAGUUGGAUUGUCCUGCUAUUGGUAAGCAGUUUGCCCCUGAAGAAAUAUCAGCUCAGGUUCUGCGAAAGCUUGUGGAUGAUGCAUCUAAGUUUUUGAGUGAUAAGGUUACUAAAGCAGUAGUGACAGUGCCUGCGUAUUUUAAUGAUUCCCAAAGAACAGCAACAAAAGACGCUGGCCGUAUUGCGGGUAUUGAAGUUCUUAGAAUUAUCAAUGAACCGACUGCCGCUUCAUUAGCCUAUGGUUUUGAAAAGAAAAGUAAUGAAACAAUUCUAGUGUUUGAUCUUGGUGGUGGUACAUUUGAUGUAUCAGUUCUUGAAGUAGGGGAUGGAGUUUUUGAGGUACUGUCAACUUCAGGAGACACCCAUUUAGGAGGAGAUGAUUUUGACAAGAGAAUUGUUGAUUGGCUUGCUGAUAGUUUCAAGAGGGAUGAGGGUAUAGAUCUUCUUAAAGAUAAACAAGCUCUUCAACGGCUUACAGAAACUGCUGAGAAAGCAAAGAUGGAGCUAUCAACUUUAACCCAAACUAAUAUUAGUUUACCCUUUAUUACAGCAACAUCAGAUGGCCCGAAACACAUCGAUACUACACUUACCAGAGCGAAAUUUGAGGAACUGUGCUCGGAUUUAUUAGACAGGCUUAAGACACCAGUCGAAAAUGCUUUAAAGGAUGCAAACCUUUCCCUUAAAGAUAUUGAUGAAGUAGUUCUUGUUGGUGGGUCAACCCGUAUACCUGCAGUUCAAGAGCUUGUUAAAAAGAUGACUAAUAAAGAUCCUAAUGUGACAGUCAAUCCAGAUGAAGUUGUGGCUCUUGGAGCUUCAGUCCAGGCCGGAGUUUUGUCAGGAGAUGUGAGCAACAUCGUGUUGUUGGAUGUGACACCACUGUCACUGGGGCUAGAAACUUUAGGAGGCGUAAUGACAAAGAUCAUUCCAAGAAACACAACAUUGCCAACCUCCAAAUCAGAAGUUUUCUCAACAGCAGCUGAUGGACAAACUAGCGUGGAAAUCAAUGUUCUUCAAGGGGAAAGAGAGUUUGUUCGUGACAACAAAUCUCUAGGAAGCUUUAGACUUGACGGUAUCCCGCCAGCACCACGUGGGGUUCCCCAAAUUGAGGUUAAGUUCGAUAUUGAUGCGAAUGGAAUCCUUUCAGUCGCAGCUGUAGAUAAAGGGACCGGAAAGAAGCAAGAUAUCACAAUCACUGGUGCUAGCACAUUACCUUCAGAUGAGGUGGAGAGGAUGGUGGCGGAAGCAGAGAAGUUUGCAAAGGAGGACAAGGAGAAGAGGGAUGCCAUUGACACGAAGAACCAAGCAGAAUCAGUUGUAUACCAAUGUGAAAAGCAGCUGAAAGAAAUCGGGGAAAAAGUACCAGGUGAAGUGAAAGAGAAAGUGGAGGGAAAACUAAGAGAGCUUAAAGAUGCCAUUUCUGGUGGGUCAACUCAGACGAUGAAAGAUGCUAUGGCUGCAUUGAACCAAGAAAUGAUGCAAUUGGGUCAGUCUAUUUACAGUCAAGCAGGUGGUGCCGCUGCUGAAGGCGGGGCAAGUGAGGCUGGUAAGUCUUCUGGUGGAGAAGAUGGUGAAGUCAUUGAUGCCGAUUUCAGUGACAGCCAGUAAAUGGGAUCAUAAGGUUGCAUACGAUAAAAUGUUGGGUAGUUUUUAGUUAAUUAGAUUGUUUUUGUAGGUAUGUUGAUCUGUAUAUCUGUAUAGCAGAAAACUAUGUUGAUGUUUUGAUACGUCAUUUCUAAAGAUGUUUCAAAUUUCAAAACUUGCAAUUUAAUGAGAACCGUUUACUUCAUGGCAA